UGGUACGGCAGAAGCGAACUGUCACAAGUGUGAGCUUCCAUUAUUACCCCUUCCUUUCUUUCUGCGGAAACUAUACGGAGUGUUUAUGUGGUUGUGCAGGAAUUGGAUUGCGGAAAAGUAGUUUGAUUCGUUGACCUAUCGUUGCUGCAGCAAUUCUUCUGAAGUUCUUUGAUGUCCUGGGCAGUGUCAGUCUUGCUAUUUGUGAAAGAUACUAAUGUGAAAGCAGUGUAUUCUGAGUGACAGUUUAGGGGACGGUAGAAAUUCUGAAAGUCGAAGCUCAGAAUGUCGUGGAUUCGGGAAGGCGAGUUAUCUUUCUUUGAAAGACUGUGUGCCAGAAUCCUUAAGGCAGGUCCCAUGCCAAACCAUGUUGCCUUCAUUAUGGACGGGAACAGGCGCUAUGCUAGGAAGUGUCACGUGGAGAGACAGCAAGGACACACGCAGGGCUUCAACAAAUUAGCAGAGACCCUGAGGUGGUGCUUAAACCUAGGAAUUCGAGAAGUCACAGUUUAUGCCUUCAGUAUUGAAAACUUCAAGCGCUCUAAGGAUGAAGUGGAUGGACUAAUGGAACUUUCACGGCAGAAAUUUGCUAAAUUGUUAGAGGAACGAGAGAAUCUGAAAAAGCAUGGUGUAUGUAUUCGUGUUCUGGGAGACCUGAGUCUGCUGCCUUUGGAUGUCCAGCAGUUGAUAGCCCAGUCGGUCCUGGAAACAAAGCACUACAAUCAGUGUUUUCUAAAUGUGUGCUUUGCAUACACAUCCCGGCAUGAAAUCAGUAAUGCUGUGAAAGAGAUGGCUUGGGGUGUGGAGCAGGGUCUGCUUAAACCAAGUGAUGUUUCAGAAUAUCUUCUGGACAGCUGCCUGUACACCUCAAAGUCUCCCAAUCCUGACCUGUUAAUUCGAACAUCAGGGGAGAUGAGGCUAAGUGACUUCCUACUUUGGCAGACAUCCCAUUCCUGUUUGGUAUUCCAAUCAGUAUUGUGGCCAGAAUACUCUUUUUGGAAUCUUUGUGAAGCUGUACUUCAGUUCCAGCUCAGCUACACUGCACUGCAGAAAGCAAGAGAUCUACAUGCAGAGGAGAGAAUCCAACAACAGUUAGAGGCAGAUCGAGCCUACGUGUUAAAACUACUGCAGCAGAAUGCUGAUCGGAAGGCAGACCUUCAGUACAAGCAAGAGUGUCUCAAGAAGUACUGUGAGGAACGAGAAGAGAGAGUCUGCAGGUUUAUUCAGGCUAUGGAACAGAAGAGAGAGAGAUUCUUUCAGGAUUUAUAUACACAGACUGAAGUCCAAGUAAAGUCAUAGUGACAUUUCAGAAUCUUUUGCAACAGCAAGGGCACAGAUGUCCCUUUCUGUCUGUAGUGUCUGUUGAAAUGUGGGAUAAACCAGUUUGACAGCCUUCAGGCACACUUGAUUGAGCGAACUGUAUCUUAAAGCAAACCAUUUCCAGUCUGUUCUAAUUUGAGUGGAAGAGUAUUGAAAUUACCUCAUAUUGCACUGAUGUAAAUUUUACUUAAAAAAAGGGACUGAACAUUUGCUAAACUGGUAAAGUAGAAGGCCUUUCUGCAACUGAUUUUACUUGUCAUUGUGAUGCCGUCCAUCUAAAACAAAGAAAGUUGAAGUGCCAUUA